GCAGACAUGAAGACGGUGUGGGUGGUGUCCGGAGGCCGGGCGGAGUUGCCCUGCGUCCCUCGCACUCAGUUCCCGGAUGACCAGCCUGUCCUCGUCCUGUGGUAUCGCUCCAGCAAGACGCGCCCAGUCUACAGCUACGACGCGAGGGUUGGCGACUUCACUGCGGGCGUGCGAUGGACAGACCCGGAGACACUCGGUGGGCGUGCUUACUUCACCGUCAUCUCCGAGCCGCCCUCGCUGGUGCUGGAGCCCGCCCAUCCCCAAGACGAGGGCGUGUACACCUGUAGGGUUGACUACCGCUUGUCGACCUCCACCAGGACGAACGUCAACCUCACCGUCGUCAUCCCCCCCGGCCCGCCCAUGGUGAUGUGGCGAGGGCAGCGCGUGGUGGGCGCCGUAGGGCCGCUGACGGAGGGCGAGAGAGUCGACCUGACGUGCCGGAGCGUGGGUGGUCGCCCUCAGCCUGUCCUUACCUGGUGGAGGAAGGGCAUGCGACUGCCGCUCCUGACGGUGAACUCUACGACGGAUUCCGUUACUGGAACCUACGCCGUGGAAGCUACCCUCACUCUGACGGCGUCGAGGGCUGUUGCCGGCGUGGACUUCACCUGCCACGCCUACACGCCCACGGAACUCCACGGGGACGACGGCUCAGCAAUUGUGCAGCCUCGGACAGCCACCAUUUCGCUUAAUGUCACGCUGCCUCCUAUGGAAGUUCGUAUCCUGAGCUCCGAGCACCCCGUCGCCGCCGGCAGGAGCAUCCGGCUGGUGUGUCGCGCCGUGGGCUCCCAUCCGCCCGCUCACCUCUCCUGGUGGAGCGGUACCUCGCCCCUUCGUCAGGUAGUCCGCGCGAUCGAGGACGCCGGUAACGUAACGACUGCAACCCUGAACAUACUGGUGGAGAGACAGCACGACGGCACGACACUCAGGUGCACGGGAAUCAAUCCGGCUCUCCCCCACUCGCCGCUGACGGAUACGUACAAGCUGACGGUGUACUACGCCCCCGUGGUGGGCCUGCGCCUGGGCCGCGCGCUGACCCCGCGGCUCAUCAAGGAGGCGACGACGUGUACUUCGAGUGCGACGUGCAGGCCAACCCGCCCUUCCACCGCGUCGACUGGUUCCACAACGUGAGUCGCGCCCGGGGCUCUCCCCCCGCGGCUCUCUCCUCGUCUUCUCUCUCUCUUUCUUGUUCUUUCGCUGUCGCUUGCUCUGCCCCUUCCUCUUUCUCUUUCCUUUAUCACUUUCGCUUCCUUUAUCCCUUCCUCCUUCUCUUU